AUGGCUUCCGAUGCGCUCACUACGAUGGGCACCUGCAUGUUCGACGACGCGGUCAUGGCGGCUAAGCUCCCAGCUGCCGUCGUGCAGCGCUUCAACGAGUGCCUGGUGAGCGGUGCGCCAACUCCGGAGGAUGACAUGAAGAUCAUAGCUGAUACGAUGUUUGCCUGGGCUCGCGAGCGCGGCGCGAUCGAUUUCGCGCACUGGUUCUUCCCACUGCGAGGUGGAGGUGGCGCCGUCGGUGGCAUGCUCGGGGCCUUCAAGAAGGACACCCUCAUGGACCUGGAGUUCGGUUCCAAGUACACCACGAAGCCCAUGAAGGCCUGCUUGCCAGCGGAGCGGCUUUUCCAGGGCGAGACGGACGGCUCCUCUUUUCCGAACGGAGGCCUGCGAGUGACCCACUCCGCAGCCGCUUUCACCACCUGGGACCGGUCUUCGCCGCCUUUCGUGAUGGACAAGUGCCUGUACAUCCCGUGUGCCUUCGUGACGCAUUUCGGAAAGUGCAUCGAUGAGAAGACGCCCUUGUUGCGAUCCAUGGAUGCAGUGACCCUCCACGGCUUGCGUCUCUUGAAGAACAUUGGAAUCGGUACCGAUGCCAAGUGCAUGUUCAGCUACCUGGGAUGGGAGCAGGAGUUCUUCGUGCUGAGCGCCGCCCACUACAAGGCACGCCCCGACUUGGUGAACACCGGCCGCACGCUCUUCGGCAAGCUGCCCACCCGCCACCAGCAGGGAGACUUGAACUACUUCCAGGCGAUCCCCGGCAAGGUGCAGGAGCUUCUCGAUGUUGUGCAAGCCGAGAUGUUGAAGAUCGGUUGCCCCAUGGCUGUGAAGCACAACGAGGUGGCACCUGGACAACACGAGAUGUCCCCCGUCUUCCGUACUGCGAACGUGUCCUGCGACAGCAACGUCUGCUUCAUGGAGGUCAUGAACCGGGAAGCCGCGAAGCUCGGCCUGCAGGUUCUUUUCCAUGAAAAGCCCUUUGCCGGCAUCAACGGCAGUGGCAAGCACGCCAACUGGUCCGUCGGCACCGACACGGGCUUGAACUUCUUCUACCCAGGCAAGAACGAGGCCGGAGUUAAGCUCUACGUCACCGCCAUUGCCUGCCUGUCCUAUGGCCUUGCACAGUACAACGAGAUGGUGCGUUGCACCGUGGCAAGCGCCGGCAACGACCACCGCCUCGGUGCGCAGGAGGCUCCUCCAGCCAUCAUUUCUCUGUACCCUGGUCAGGGCUUCGAGGCUUUCGUGGAGAGCAUCUGCUCUGGAGGCGACCUCCUCGGAUACAAGGCUGAGAAGAAGAAGCAGGAGACGGGCUGCAGCGCUGCUAUGCACAUUGAGGCCAACGUCGAGGACCGCAACCGCACGGCCCCGUUCCCCUUCUGUGGCAAUCGCUUCGAGUUCCGUGCUGUGGGCUCCUCCCAGAACUGCUGCCUCCCGAUCAUGGUUUGCAACGCGAUCAUGUCGGCGGGCAUGGCGCACCUGUCUAGCCUCAUUGAGGGUGGCAUGAGCCAUCGUGAUGCCGUGGCCAAGAUCUACACUGAGAACAAGCAUGUGAUCUUCACCGGCAAUGGUUACUCAGCAGAGUGGCCCGUGGAGGCAAGCAAGCGAGGCCUGCCGAACUUGAACACCACACCCAAGGCCAUUGCCACCUGGAGCUCCGAGAAGAACACCAAGCUUCUCGAGACCCUGAAGAUCUACACCAAGGAGGAGACAGAGGCACGCCAGGAAGUGAUGUACGAGAACUACAUCUCCUGCAUGUGCUGUGAGGUUGAGACCAUGAUCCAGAUGGUGGAGACGGGCUUCCUCCCAGCCUGCGCCAAGGAUCUGGAGAAGUUCAAGGGCUUCGACAAGCUCGCCGGCAGCCGAAAAACCGUGUACGACAGCAUCGUCGACGAAUCGGAGAAGUUGAAAUCCCUGAUCGCAGCCAAGCCCCACAGCUCUCUGGCAGAGGAGGCCACCUACCUGUGCGACACCGUGAAGCCGCAGAUGGUGGCACUCCGUGCCAAGGUGGAUGGCGGAGAGUAUGAUGGAGUCGUCUCUCUACCCUUAUCCCACCUACGAGGGACAUGCAUGUUCGACGAUGCAGUGAUGGCUGCGAAGCUGCCUGCCGCAGUCGUUCAGCGCUUCAACGAGUGCUUGAUCACAGGCGCUCCUACAACAGAGGAGGAUCAGAAGGUCAUCUCGGAAUCGAUUUUCGAGUGGGCCCGGGAGAGAGGGGCCAUAGACUUUGCCCACUGGUUCUUCCCUCUUCGCGGCGGUGGCGGUGCCGUUGGCGGAAUGUUAGGUGCCUUCAAGAAGGACACAUUGAUGGACCUGGAGUUCGGCUCCCAGUUCACGACGAAGCCGAUGAAGGCUUGCCUGCCUCACGAGCGUCUCUUCCAAGGAGAGACGGAUGGCUCCUCCUUUCCCAAUGGCGGGCUGCGUGUAACGCACUCUGCAGCCGCUUUCACCACUUGGGAUAGAUCAUCCCCACCUUUUGUGAUGGAUUGCUGCCUGUAUAUUCCAUGCGCUUUCAUUACCCACUUCGGGAAGUGCAUCGAUGAGAAGACGCCAUUGCUGCGGUCGAUGGAUGCUGUCAAGACCCACGGCCUUCGCUUGCUGCAGGCUAUCGGCAUUGGCAAGGAUGCUCAGACAAUGCACAGCUACCUGGGUUGGGAGCAGGAGUUCUUCGUGCUGUCGGCGGAUCACUUCAAAGCGCGCCCUGACCUGGUGAACUGUGGCCGGACACUGUUUGGGAAGCUGCCCACUCGGCACCAACAAGGAGACCUAAAUUACUUCCAGGCGAUCCCCGGCAAGGUGCAGGAGCUUCUCGAUGUUGCGCAGGCCGAGAUGUUGAAGAUCGGUUGCCCCAUGGCCGUGAAGCACAACGAGGUGGCACCUGGACAACACGAGAUGUCCCCCGUCUUCCGUACUGCGAACGUGUCUUGCGACAGCAACGUCUGCUUCAUGGAGGUGAUGAACCGGGAAGCCGCGAAGCUCGGCCUGCAGGUUCUUUUCCAUGAAAAGCCCUUUGCCGGCAUCAACGGCAGCGGCAAGCACGCCAACUGGUCCAUCGGAACUGACACCGGCCUGAAUUUCUUCUAUCCGGGAAAGAACGAAGAUGGGGCCAAGCUGUACGUGACUGCCAUUGCCUGCUUGGCAUAUGGGUUGGCGCAGUACAACGAGAUGGUGCGGUGCACCGUGGCCAGCGCUGGCAAUGACCACCGCUUGGGAGCGCAAGAAGCGCCCCCGGCCAUCAUCUCUUUGUACCCGGGCCAGGGCUUCGAGUCCUUCGUGGAUUCCGUGGUCAGCGGCGGCGAUCUUCUGGGAUACAAGGCCGAGAAGAAGAAGCAGGAGACGGGCUGCAGCUCUGCCAUGCACAUCGAGGCCAACGUCGAAGACCGCAACCGCACAGCCCCGUUCCCGUUCUGUGGCAACCGCUUUGAGUUCCGUGCGGUGGGCUCUUCCCAGAACUGCUGCCUUCCGAUCAUGGUCUGCAACGCGGUCAUGUCUGCUGGAAUGUCACACAUGGCUUCCCUCAUCGAGGGCGGCAUGAGCCAUCGUGAUGCCGUGGCUCAAGUGUUUAAGGAGAACAAGCAUGUGAUUUUCACCGGCAAUGGUUACUCAGCAGAGCGGCCCGUGGAGGCAAGCAAGCGAGGCUUGCCGAACUUGAACACCACGCCCAAGGCCAUUGCCACGUGGAGCUCCGAGAAGAACACCAAGCUUCUCGAGACCCUGAAGAUCUACACCAAGGAGGAGACAGAGGCACGACAGGAAGUGAUGUACGAGAACUACAUCUCCUGCAUUUGCUGCGAGGUGGAAACCAUGAUUCAGAUGGUCGAGACCGGCUUUCUUCCUGCGUGCGCCAAGGACCUGGACAAGUACAAGGGCGUGGACAAGCUGACUGGUAGCAGGAAGACCGUCUACGAGAACGUUGUGGACCAGGUCGAGAAGUUGCAGGCUGUCUACAAGGCCAAGCCCCACACUUCUCUCGCGGAAGAGGCCACCUACCUCUGCGACACUGUUAAGGCGCAGAUGGCGGCUUUGCGAGCGGCAGUGGACAAGGCAGAAACCAUGAUCGAAGCUAGCUUGUAUCCGUUCCCGACGUAUGAGCAAAUGAUCUACUCUCACCAUUUCUGA